CGUGGCUCUCGGCCUCCAUUUGCCAGUUUGUGUUUAUGUUCGAGGGAUUCACCGAGGCCCCUUUUAACGGCGACGACGACGCGCAACAGUUGGAGUUUCACCGGGGACGGUGUCAUCAUGUCGCCCCGGUAGCGCACGAGGGAUUCAACCGAAAGGUAUCAAAUGAAGUGGGACAGCCGCUGGUGAUGCCUGCCACAGACUCUGAACUCGCAUCAAUGGAGGACUCCCACGCUCUGGAGGAUGUGGAGGGGAGCUCGACCAACAUCCCCUCCUCAGUUCCUCCUGCCUCCGUCCCUUCCUCGACUCCUCCUGAACCAACCACUACGAGACCAAACUUCCCGAACGAGACAGAGAAAAAAGCCGUCUCCGUGGCCAGCAAUGACUGCAGCUCUGCUCUCUCUUCUCCUGCUGAAGCCAGCCCCGCCAAGCCUGCUGCGACGUCACCGACUGCCUUUGAAGGGAGUGUUGACACAAGCCCAGCUACCUCACACAUGGCAUCAGCAUCAGACUCCCUAACAUGCACGCCGCCAAGCAUCGUCAACAUAUCAGAAUCAUCACCGUCGUUGUCCGCGUUAUCGUCGAAAACGUUUAGUGGUACAGACCCGGAAAAAGACUUUCCCGCUGUGUUGACCUUCAAAGGUGUCAGCGUCACUCUGGAGAAUAACAAUGUGUGGAAGCAGUUUAGCAGCUGUGGAACUGAGAUGAUUCUCACUAAACAGGGGCGCCGCAUGUUCCCGUACUGCCGUUACCGCCUGUCUGGCCUAGAUCCUGAGCGGCAGUACAGUCUGGUCCUUUCCAUCGUCCCAUCGGACCAGUACAGGUACCGCUGGAGCACAACCAAAUGGGAGGCCAGUGGACGAGCAGAACACCAGUCGCAGGGUCUGAUCCGGGCGUUUUCCCACCACUACUCCCCCUGCCGAGGCUCGGACUGGAUGGGUUGCUUGGUGUCCUUCUACAAACUCAAACUGACCAAUAAUUUCCAAGACCAGGACGGUCAUAUAACACUGUACUCCAUGCAUCGCUACAUUCCUAGACUACACGUGAUACCUGAACCGGAUGGGGUGGUACCCACACCUGACCAGCCUGUCGUUAUGGGACCAGAGUGCAUAACCUUCACUUUUCCACAAACCGAAUUCAUGGCCGUGACGACUUAUCAGAACUUUCGUAUCACUCAGCUGAAAAUUAAUCAUAAUCCGUUUGCAAAAGGCUUCAGAGAGGACGGGAACAACCCGCGUCUGAAGCGGAUCGCUCCAGGCGUUCAACCUGUGGCGUCGACCGACGCUCAGCCCUCUAUCGUAAAACUCGCUGAAUCCAGUGAAACCGAGAAGGAGGAGGUUGUGGAUCAGAGCACGAAGACUCCCACCGUCCCUGCGUCUGUCCCAAAGGAGCAAGUGACCAGAUUGGUCCUGAAGCCCAUAAUGUCGUCCUCCUCCAACAAGGAUGAUCCGUAUGUCCCCUGUCGAGGCCGGCAUGCUCUCGGUGAGCUUGUGCUUGUCCAAAAACGUCCACUUGUGGAACCACAGGAAAAAAACAACUUCCUCAGUAUUACCGCAAAGGUGCAGCGAGGAAGAGUACCUAAAGCAACAUCCAUGACUCCCACCUCCUCAAAAUCUACCCCGGCUUCAUCACCCGGGUUCUACAAGAGGAGGAAGAGGAUCAACAGGCGUUGGGGGAAUUCGCGGAGAAGUGCGUGGAAAGCUGCAGCUGCCUCCCCCACGGUCAUCCACAGCCCGUCAGUGACUGUCGCUAUGCAACCAGAGCUGGAUGAUGUGGAGGGCCUGCUGUUUGUGUCAUUUACCUCAAAGGAAGCUCUGGAGGUUCACGCCAGGGACCAGCCAACCAGCAGCCCACCAUCCGUGUCUCCGGUUUCCCUAACGACACCGAUGCAGCUGAAGGAAAAAGUGGACGUGAUUCCAGAGACUGAUGAGGAGAAGAUCGCUCGCUUUGAGGCUCUGCUGCUGCAGGACCUGAGGGCCCUCAAACACAGACAGGUCAUCCAUCCGGUGCUGCAGGAGGUGGGCUUAAAGUUGAGCUCCCUGGACCCAAACCAGUCCAUCGACCUGCGGUAUUUGGGGGUUGAUCUGCCGUUACCUCCACUAAACCUACCAGAGCAAGGCGAUACUACGGCUCUGUCUCCUUGUGACGAGGGAUUGUCCUUCAUUUCCCGAACAGGAAAGACGAGUGACAUGACAAAAAUAAAGGGAUGGAGAAACAAGUUCAUAAGACGCAAAGAAACGUCUCCGUCUAACUGUGACGGAUCACAGAAAAACCUAUCUGCCUUCUGCAGCAACAUGUUGGACGAAUACUUGGAAAGCGAAGCUCAGAACAUCAGUGAGCGCGCUGCUGCGUUCUCCACAAACUCUGAGGACUCGGUGGCCUACCAGCUGCCUGCGAAAAGCUCCAGCUACAUCAAGACCCUGGACAGCGUCCUCAAGCGUCGAAAAGCUGCUUCCAAAUUCUCCGUGGGGGGCAAGAGACCCUGCCCCCUCUCCCACAAACCCCUCCUCUACUCUGCUCUGAUGUCACCGACUCCUCCUCUGACCAGCCCGCUUCACUCUGCAGCUCCAGACACACAACCAGGAGCACAGAGAGUACCGACAUUUCACUCAGCGCUCAGCCAGAGACCGGCAGUGAGCUUCGGGCAGAGUCAGGGGGCGUCACACAGACCCACGGGCCUCUCCAAGUUCCAGCUCAAACUGUACCAGAUGGAGACUGGAGCUCUGAACGAGGGCCUGAACCCAACUCAGCUGACCGCGGACAGACUGGCCGUGGCUCUAUCUGUGGUUCUGACUAAACAGAUGGCGCCCAACCAUUCGUUGAAAAAAGCCCAGUAUCCGAAGCAUAAGUGCGCACAGCCUGAAUGCGGUCAGGCGUUCUGCACUCUGGGCUGCGUGUGCUCCAGUCUGCAGCAUCCGAACAGAGGUCCCCUCCACUGCCGUCGACCCGAGUGCAUGUUUGGCUGUGCCUGCUUCAAACGCAAGAUCACCAAGCAGCUGAGCGCGGAGGAGAGCGAAGAACCGAUCCAACCUCAUUACUCUGUGACUAACAUGGAUCAUGUGGUCCAGCCUGGUCCGGGCUCUCAUGCUAAUAAACUGUGGAACCGCAGCGUUGACAAAGAGGAUCCGGAGCCGAUCUUUGCCCCAAAAAUGGCCUCACUGCGGUUGCCCCCGAUGAAGAUCACAAAACGUGGUGUUUUACCU